CUACCACCGUUUUUACUGGAGUUCGGACCUGUUUACUUACAUUCACAGAGGAAAUAUUUACGUUUUCUACAAUAACAGGAUAUGGCAUCCAACGACAAGUUACUAAUGCUGUUGAAACUGCCAAUUUACAUCGUCUACUUCUAUCUGGAAGCAUUUGUGCGGAUGGUUUUUCUGCGGCCGUCCCGUAAAGAAGUGAAAGGAGAAGUCGUGUUAGUGACGGGGGCGGGGCAUGGCAUAGGACGGGAAAUCGCAUUGGAAUUUGGCCGAUUAGGAUCCAAAGUCGUAUUAUGGGAUAUCAACAAGAGUGGAAAUGAAUCUGUAGCUGCUGAAAUCAAAGCUUCUGGGGGUGAGGCUUAUCCUUAUGUCUGUGAUCUCUGUAAAACAGACGACAUCAAGACGGUAUCGGCUCGGGUAAAGAAGGAUGUCGGUGAUGUAGACAUCCUCGUCAACAAUGCCGGGAUCUUAUAUGGAGGAGAAAUGCUCAAAAUGAAAGAGGAGCACAUCCGUAGGACAUUUGAAGUCAACACACUUUCUCAUUUUUGGACCACCAGGGAAUUUUUGCCAGCGAUGAUUUCAAAAAAGAAAGGUCACAUCGUUACAAUCUCAUCAAUGUCUGCAAAAUCUGGCACGGCACUUCUGGUCGAUUACAGUUCUUCCAAGUAUGCUGCCUAUGGAUAUGCUGAGGCAAUGGAGGAGGAAAUGGACAGACUCGGACACAGCUACAUCAAGUUCACCACGAUCUGUCCAAUGUUUGUCAGCAGUGGGUUGGUCAAGGCUACUACAGAUGUAAAUGAAAGAUUGCUGACACCAAAGGAGGUUGCUAGGGCUACAGUAAAUGGAACAUUGUUGAACAGAGCUGUUGUUACAAUUCCGGAACAAUUGGCAUUCCAACUGCGCAUUGCAGCAUGGUUUCCACGGAAACUCAAUUUGUGGCUGAAGAAAGCAGGAAACUUAGGAAUUCAACCUCAGUACAAUACAAAACAAGAAUAAAGAAAUCAAAAACAAGAUUCAUUUAUAUAUUUUUGACAAUUGUUUUGUAUUGGUUUAUGUUCUAACACACGUAUUGGCAGAAAAUUGAAAUAAAAACGCAAUGUUGA